UGGUGCCCGGUUCAGUGGAUCUCUGAUACUGACGUAGUGAGGUACUAGUUUUGUGUUGUGCCGACAGGCGCGUGUGACCGGGAUGUGAGACUAUACUCUCUGACCUCGCUCACCCGAUCAAGCCUGAACAGCAUGGCGUCGGGGUUGGCCGUCGGUGUGACGGUAGUGGGCGUGGUGGCCAUCGUAGGGUUGUUAGGUCUGUUGGGACGGUAUCUGGGCGUAUGGACUUGGGCGUGGGCCUGGAUCAGAGCAACCAGGGAAGAGAAAGUUCAACUCUGCCGCUCAGAGAGGACGACGAGCGGCCGGAGUUACCUGUUGGAUAAUGACCUGGACUGGAUCGGGCUUUGGCCAAGGACCGGGUCAUACAAGCGGUUCUCGAACCUAGAUGACCUAAGUUUAGUGCAAUCUGUAGAUGACCCUACGAGACUGCCCGACCAGCCUGACCUUCCACCCCAGCCGCUCAGGCCUGCCCCGGCCCCGCCUCCCAGAGUCGGAGGUUGGACUGACAGCUGCGAAGGGUCACCGUCUCCGGCAAGUAGCAUUGGAGGUUUAGGGUCCAUGGUGGAAACCCCCCCGGAACCUUCUAGACCCGCUCCCAUACUGGACAGGAGGGACUCCAAUCGCUCUCUAACGGGGCGAAUCCAGCGCCGGGACUCUAGUAAGGAGCUUUUAGUGGCCUCUCAGCAGGGAAGUCCGAAAAGAGGUUCAACUAACCCCUUCAGAGCCUCUUGGAUUCCACCCGAUGAGUCUUCAGAGGUCACAAUCACACAGGAAACCUCCGUAGACUUGUCCGCAACCUCCACUCCAUACUCGUCCGUUGGUGGUCACCGCUCCACGUACGCACCUUUGUCCGAAGGGAGCAGGAACAUCUUUGACGUCGAGAGGAACGUCAACGGACCUAUUCCAGAAUCAACUCCGUCAGUGCCACAAGAAACGAUGGAUUUGCUCAGCCAUGAGAGUCCAACGUCCGGCGGGAGAGACAGGCUGGAGGACAUGGUGACUUCCUCUAUCAGCAUCAGCAGCAGCCAAGAUCUAAGUGGCGGCAGAAGACACCAGACUGCAGGAGAGAAGAUGUUUCCUAGUAAUACGACAUUUAGUGGUGGGGGUGGAGAUUCCAGUGGUGGUCGUUUCAAUGAGAACACUGAAGAGAAGAGAUUCCAAUCCGAAGAUAUUUUUGACAAAAGUAGUAGUAGUAGUUAUUUAAGUGCCGGACAGAAGAUUUUUGGUAGCAGAGACGAAAGUGAUGAUAAAGAUGUAAGUGCUGACAGAGCGAUAGGUGAUCGCAGUGCUGCAGUUAGUGCAGACCUUAAAAUAGGUGAAAAGAAGGCUGUGGAUGAUAGUAGUACAAGUGUAGGGCAGAAUCUUAUGGCUGUGAGCAAAGAAAACACUACCUACGAAAGCACGACGACUCGCACUGAGACGCACAACAGUGCAGCCACAAAUCCUUACACGUACCAUAAUAUUAAUGCACAAAGCCCUGUCGCAGAUAACAGAUACGAUACCAGAAACUUUAACUCAACCCUUUACGGGGACAAUAAUUACGAAACUAAAAACAUUUUCAGUACCAGCAAACAGACUGUGAAUGAAGUAUUCAGUAAAAGUAUAUCGAACGAAAGAGAAAGUAGCCCCCCGAGUGCCAUGAAGGAUGAUAAACCAUGCAAAGAAGAAGUCAAAAGUACAACUGGGGAGAAUAUUAUUUCUGAGGUUAUCACCACGUCCUCAGCGAGUCUGCCUUCUGCAAACGACUCCCUAGUGUCAACCGACCUCCUUGGAUCAUAUGACAUCCCAGACACGCCUCCGAACACUGCCACCAACGCCCCAGCAUCUCAGAUUCCUGCUAGACUGGCGGAAGUCGAGGUCGGUCUCAGACUUCUUGGCGUCAAGCCUGAGAGGAGUAGAGACACUUCACAAGACUGGUGGCCCACGGAAAGCACUUUCACCAGUACUUCCUCCAGAUCUCUCUUUAGCGAUCAGAGUUCCUCAAGUGCCGUGGAAGAGAGUAAGAAAGUGAGGGGUUCGUUAUCAGGUAGUGUUUUGGCCAGAGAUAAAGCAUUAAGUAGUGUCGAUGAGGAAACUGCUUUCACCUCGGAGAGUAAACUCAGUGACUCAACUAGCAAUGAAACAAGUUUGCUAGGUGGGAGAACAACAGAAGAAACCUCAACGGACAGUGUAGAAUCUGAGGAAGACGCCAGCACUAGACGUGUUAGAGAGUACAUAGCUUCUCUGAGUGCCCGUUUGCGGCAAUUGCCAGACGAAAGUAGUCUUAGCAGUAGUUCCGAUUUCUUAUCAACGCCUCCCACAUCUGCCACUUUCCCAGUCACUCCGCCGAACUCGGCGAGGAUCGUUGGGGAAGGGUCAACAGAAACCCCGCCCAAUUCCGCUAGUCCUUACAGCCCUUUCAACAACCCUAGGACCUCAACUAGUACCCCUCCAAGCUCUGCUACUUACCGCCACGUGUUCGGUAGCAGGAGAGCCUCGGUGGAUGCUUCGCCUUCACCCGUAUCCCCGGGGAUUUUCAACCUCUCUAUCAACAGACGUUUAUCUCUGGACACCCCUCCUAAUUCCGCCGACCUUAUCACAGCCACACCCCCGAAUUCAGCCUCCUCACAAGUCAUGUUUGGAGAAACACCGCCAAGUUCUGCAGGAUUCUCAAAUACUCCCCCGAGCUCGGCCGGACUCAGCGGCAGCUUCGAUACUGGCUUGGCGGGAAUGACUGGUCAGACGCUGAAGAGAGCUGUGUCCUGUGACUCCGUCAGUUCUGAUACUUCGGUUACUUUAGGAGAGCUUGAAGACACGAGCGGCCAGGUCACAGGAUACCUUUCCAUACAGCUCGUCUAUGACAGUGACACGGCCGACCUAGAGGUCCUAGUGGUGGAAGGGAAGGAUCUCGUGGGACCAGAUCCCCACGUGGCCGUCGACUCCUAUGUCAGGGUGUUCCUCCUCCCGGAUAAAUCAACCAACAUGCAGACUAGGGUAUUUCGAAGGACAAACCACCCAACUUACCGAGAAAGAUUCCUAUUCGCUCUGGAGGAAGAGGAGCUGCCUCACCGAUCCUUGGCCUUCUACAUGUACGCUUCUGAUAAAUUCACGAACACACUUAUCGGCGAGGCUCACUUGAAGCUGACUGAGGUUGACCUGGCUGGGCCCGUCAGUACGACCCUUCCUCUCACCGAUAUGGGUCAGAAAGGCGUUGGCUACGGAGAGAUUAUGUUCUCGUUGUCGUAUCUUCCCACGGCAGAACGUCUGACAGUCGUUGUGGUGAAGGCGAGAAGUCUUCAGUGGAAUGAUGACAAGGAGUCGGCCGAUCCAUUCGUGAAGGUAUACGUAUUACAAAACGGGAAAAAAGUAAUGAAGAAGAAAACGAGUGUGAAGAAAGACACCAGGUCCCCUGUCUUCAAUGAAGCUAUGAUAUUCAGCGUUCCUGCGCCUGCUUUACACAAUAUACAGUUACGCGUGACGGUAGCUGAGCACGGAGGAGAUGGCGGCCAGGCCAAGGCUGUUGGGCACGUCAUAGUGGGCACUCAGGCCCAGGGCAAGGCGCUGUCGCACUGGAAUCAGAUGAUGUCAGCUCUGAGGAAGCCCAUCGGCAUGUGGCAUCCUAUCAGGAGGUAAUCAAACCAGAUGUGGGAGUCAGUGAGUGAAGUCAGUAGAACGUGAAAGUGAUUCAGAAUUAAACAAAUUUGAGGAAGGAAGAUCAUCGAAAAAGUCUGAAGGUAUCCGUUAAUGAACUCUGAUGUGGUAUGGUUGAUAAGUAACUAAAUAUGUAAUGAAUAUAUUUAAGAUGCCUAUAAUUUUCUAUUUAUGGGGUACUAUACUACUAUAUAGAAGUUUCCUCUGUGUUUCUGCUACAGUAUAGGAGUGUCACCUAUGCAUAAAAGAGAGGUUUUCUGACUACAAUAAACAGCGAUAGCAGGGAACUGGUAGAUAGAGCUUUUAUCCAGUGGAACAGUUUUCUUGAGAAAUUCGUCUGCUGAUGCAAGUAAUUUAAUGGUGUGGUUCAGACAACUGUAAGAAAGAGACUAAUUCGUCUGAACCUUGUGAAGAAUAAAUUUGGGAGAAGAGGCGUUACCAGUAAAAGUUUCAUUUUAAAGAAUCUUUAUUUUAUUUAAGGUUUUACGAACAAAAAAAAUUAAUUAUUUAAGAUGUAUGAGGGUUAAGAAAUUCAUUGUUAUGGAAUUAAAGAAUUUAUGUGACUAAAAUGAUUUAUAAAAAGUUGACCGCUGAAAGAUUAGCCAAGUAAGAAAUUGUUUCAUAAAUUCGCAUAAUAAACAAUUAUUAAAUCAAAUACCGUUUAUGCCCAAAUUUAAUAAUCUUAGUGAAUGAUUAUAUAUUCUCAUAUAUGUACAUAUAAUGCGUGUAUAUUCUCCCACAAAUAUAUUUUAUAUUUAUAAUAAUACUGAAAAGUUUAAAUGUAAAGAUCAUUGACAUAGUGGUAAAACUGAUUUCCUUCAUAUCACCAAUAUUGUAAUCUUGAUACUAUAGCCGUACUACGAUCCACGUAAAACUAAUCGAAUUGUUUUGACUCAAGUCAUUAAUAACCUCAGUUACAUAUUAAACAGAAUAGAAACAAGAAAGUAAAACAACAAAAGAUAAUUUUUUGAAUAGCCCAUUUAGAUUUUUGUAAUAUUCUACGUAGUUUUAUAGCAUUACUUAAAUGGUUGGUACAGAUACAGCUGUAGUAUAAAGUUCGAUUUUCUCAAGAAGAGGAAAAAGGGGGGAGGGGACAAGAUAAUCAUAGGCAGACACGUGACAGAUGUGUAAGUUGAAUGGAUAUAACAUAAUGCUUAGUGAACAUUUAUGAAAGUUAUCUUUAGACAAUAUUACAGAAUGUUUUGGUUUCAAACUUAUCUUCACUUUUUUGUUGCAAUUUGGUCCACAAAUCUUUUUUAAAAUACUGAAUUGUCUAGAGUAUUUUUUUUUAUGUAUAAUUCAUAGGAAGUGUAAAAUCUACAUGUAGUGAGUUUACCAUUCUUUAUAAAAAGGAUGAAAUCACUUCAUUGUUUUAAGAUGUUAUUGAACAAGGAAAUAUUCAAUAUAUUAUAUUCUUGGGCAUAUCCUUACAAUUUUAUUUCUUUUAGGGAAAUGAAGGCUUUACAUGAACUAAUAGUAGGAACGUUUCCUGCCCAUUUUGCUUGUUUUUUAUAUCCUAAUGAUACUCUUUUAAAACUUAUUUUGUGAAGGGUGAAAGUGGAAAUUCCCUACUUGUCAGAUAUUUUAAAAUUGGUACAUUAUGCAAGGUCUUUCUUACUCUGUUUUAUUCUCGUAUGUGUUUCAUAUGCGAGAGAAGUACUUUUUGAAAUUAGCCUCUUUUUCUCGAGCUGAAUGCGGGUAUCAUAAACAAAAUAUAAUGCAAGACAUUGCAUAUGGGUAUAUAAUUUAUAUCAUUACUUGUGUAUGUGUGAAGUAUACUGUAUAUAUGCCAUAGCUUAUGCGUAAUAUAUGUGUACAAUAACUAUGACUGUCUAAGCGUUCUUUAAGUUGUGAACAUAUUCAGUAAUCAGAGUGUACUGAUUGUCUGGUUGUAACGACAUCACUUAAUCCUGUCUGUGUAUUUGUGUGCGUUAAUGUUUGGGUACACACAUCACAUAAGCAACAGCUGUUUUAUGAGCUGUAAUGCACUGCCUAUUUCAGUUUUUAUCCGUAUUAUAUAUUCAAUGCUUUACCCCCUACAUAGAAAGAAGGAAUAUUACCAUUCCUUUCUCUCUCUCUCUCUCUCUCUCUCUCUCUCUCU